GUUCUCAGCCUCUCUUCUUCGAGAAUUCACACACCACAGCUUAAAUUCACAACAGACAAGACACAAUGGUCCAACCUCUGGAGAUCCGGUUCCUCGUAACCGACCCCAACGCAUGGAGUAUAGUCACCAUCGCCGAGGAACUCGCAAUCCCAUAUACAGUCCACACCCACCAGAAUCCGUCCCAUCGCUCAACAAGUAUCAUCCCAUCGGCCCAAGAGCUCCCAACCCUCACAGACCCCAACACGCAAACCACCCUCUUCCACGCCAACCCGAUCAUCCAAUACCUCGUCGAUCACUACGACCGCACGAAUCUCCUAAGCCAUGCCUCUACCACCACAGAGAAACACCUGUUAAACCAAUGGCUGCAUCUGCAGACGACGCUGAGCUCCAGCGCCCACUCCCAAACCCACACCGUCUUAGCAACACUGAACACCGCCCUGACGACCAAGUCCUGGCUCGUGGGCGAGCGCUGUAGCCAUGUCGAUUUGGCGUUUUUACCGGGUCUUCACAGUCUAGCUUCUUCGGACGGGGCCCUGGGGUUGGAGCCGAGGGCGUAUCCGUUUGUCGCGGCCUGGGUGGGGAGGAUGGAGAUGAGGGCGGCAUGGAGAAGGGUUCUUGCUGUGCGGGAGGGGUUGGUGCGGGACGCGGAGGCGAUUCGAUCUGAAGAAGAAGAGGAGGGGUUGUUGGAUGGGGAGAGUGAGUGGGAGGAGAUUGAGGGGUGUUCGGUUGGGGUCAAGGAGGAUCCGGGGGCGGAUGUAUCUGUUCAAGCUGUGGCUGUUGAGGCUGCGGUGAGGAUGGAUCAAGCUGAGCAUGAUGAUGACGAGGAGAGAGAAGGCAUCCUGCCGUGCGCUGCUGGAUUUGUGCUGCAGAGAGUAUCCACACCUCGCCAGGUGCACCGCACCGAUGACGAGGAGAGGGAGGGCAUUCUCCCGUGCGGUGCUUUCGGCGGUCACGCGCAGCACAUAUCACUGAAGCCUACCACAACAGCCGAGGUUCACGAGAACGAUGACGACGACGACGACGAUGAAAGAGAAGGCAUGCUGCCCUGCACUGUGACCGGGCUUCAUUCGGAGCACCUUCCCUCCAAGGGGACAGUGGUUGAAAGUGAGAGUGAGAGCGACGACGAGAAGGAGGGAUUCCUCCCGUGCGGAGCUUUCAGGGCCCACACGCAGCAUGCACCCUCUACCACAGAGGUCGAAGACUCUGAUGUCGACGACGAUAUGAGAGAGGGUAUUCUCCCGUGCGGAGCUUUUGGGGCCCACACGCAGCAUGCACCCUCUACCACAGAGGUCGAAGACUCUGAUGUCGACGACGAUAUGAGAGAGGGCAUUCUCCCGUGCGGUGCUUUCGGCACACAUACUGAGCACGUGACCUCUACCGCAGAGGUCGAGGAUGACGACGAUGACGACGAGGAGGAGAAGGAAGGCAUGCUCCCCUGCGCCGGCAUCGGGAUGCAGCCGCAGUACGCAACGUGCACAGCCGAGGAGGAUGAUUUCGAGCGAGAAGGCAUGCCUCCCUGCUCUCUGAUGGGGAUGGUAUACUAAGCCUGCCAUGAUGUGGACAGGCGUCUGUCCGUGCGCGCUGAACAAAUUGCUAUAGCCAGCGCGACGAUAAUUAUAUAAUGCGAACAUGAUAUCAUAUUCCCACUCGUAUCAUCGAAGUAAGGUAUCUACAAUCAGAGAACAGAAAGAAAACAGAAU